GAUCCGGUUUAUUGAGACCAGACAUUAACACUUCCGCAUCAGACCUCAGCAACAAACUCAGUCAGAGGCAGUGCAAAAAGGACAUGGAUGUUGAUAAAAGUGAGGGAAAUCGUGAUGACAUCUCAAGCAAUGUCGUCAAGAUCCCAGAGCGAAUGUUACUCCGGGAGCAGGCGAGGCUGGACGAGGUCGAGCGGAGGAAGGAGGCCAAAGAAAGCCAUUCGGUCGCGGACGAAAACAGUGAGUUUUUCACUAAGGCGUUCAACAGAGACCGGGCAGCCAUUGAAGACCUGAUAUCCAUUUGCUCUGGGGCUGAUCGGGGAUCGGCAACGCAAACAUUGGAUGCGGCUACUGCUAAGACACAACAAUUACAAAAGUUUCUGAAUGACAGCAUGAUGUUUCUGGCGCAAUACGAGUUAAGACAGGCACAAGCUGCCUUGCAAAAACUGCAGACAUCCCUCGCCGAAAAGAGAGAUGAGGCUUUGCCUAAAAAGAAAUUCGCCUUCCGAUCCCGUACGAAGGCUACCGAACAGGUCGACGACACGGUACCAGCAACCCUAGCUGGGGAGACUGUUAUCGAUGGUCAAACACCCGCAGCAUCUGAUAUUGGCAAGGUGGAAGAGACUGUGCAAUGUGGCUUUUCCAACAUGGAUGAUGUGGUUCUCACCAAAACGGCAGGGGAGAUCAAUAAAAAUGAUGUUUUGUUGUCUCAACUGACAAACUGCAAGGUUCGUCUAUUUGGCUCACCCAGCACACUACACAUCAAGAACGUGAGUGGCUGUGAGAUCCUUUGCGGCCCAGUGUCUGGCUCUGUAUUCGUGGACCACUGUAGCAACACCACCCUCGUUCUCCCCUGCCAGCAGCUGAGAACACACAACACCACUUCCACACAGGUGUACCUGCAUGUGACCAGCCGUGCCAUCAUCGAGGACUGCCAUGGGGUCAGCUUCGCUCCGUUUACCUGGUCCUAUCCAACCCUGGACGAGGACUAUGUGGUGUCUGGACUGGACCUCGCCCGCAACAACUGGUCCCAUGUGGAUGAUUUUAACUGGCUUGCUGCAACACAGUCACCUAACUGGGCUCUCAUUCCUGUGGAGGAUAGAAAAACAACUUGGGAGACCUGAACGAAGGAUUCCGUUUCUCGCGAUAGGACUCUUAUAAAACCAACAUGUGAAUGAAAUAUGUCUGCUGUUCUUAAACUACAUUGCAAUCCACCUAUUAACAGAACUUUUGGCCUUUGUAUGUUUUCAAGGUUAUUUAUGACACACUACAUGUCAUUGCCAUUUCAUCAAUAUCAAACGUUCAGCUAAAGAACUUAAAGCAAUUGUGACAUAUUAUUGCUUCGAAUGACAUAAAGCACUUGCAUGCAAUGUCCAUAAAUGUUGAAUAAUUAAUUGAUCUUCAGAAGGAGUUGGAUUAAAAGGCACGGUAGGAUGUCUAGACAAAAAACAUGUGCCUUUCAUGUUAGUGAUGUUGUUUACUAUCUACAUGUGAUUUACAACUUUUGUUCAACCGAUAUUUAAUGAUGGCUUUGCUUGUUUUAAUUAAAGUGUUUUGAUGAGCAUUAA